CAGAUGGAGCAGUCAGCUACAUUCAACCAGGCCUUCCUCGGUGUCCUUGGGCAGCUUGUGCAAGUGCUGGGAAGCCGCCGUGACCCCAUGCUACCGAGCAGGCAGAACACAGGGAUGCAUGUAAAGUAAUUUAACAGUUUUACAGUGUACUAAAAGCACUCCAUCGCGCCCCCUUGUUUUUGGUGCAAACAUGGCGGCUACGGAAACUGGCGAUGGAUAUCAGGAUCAGGUCACCAAUGAAGUCGCUUCUGUCCAAGCUACUAACGCGGUGACAGAGGAGACAGGUAGACAGUCCGUGGAUGCAACGUCAAGUCCAGGAGCGCCAGGGGAUGUUGAAAAUACAGAACCUGUAUGUGGAUCUAAGCCUGAAGAGAGGGAGCUUUCUGAUGCUGAAAACAAGAUGGACGGAGAAGAAUCACAAGAGGAAGAAAAUGAAGCUAAGGUGGUUGACCCCGCUGUAUCUGGACCUCCCUCACAGACUGUUUCCACUGAGGAGACUCUCAAAAUGGUUAUGGCUCUUGAUGGUGAGUCAAAGUGUGACAAAGAGCAUCCUGAGGUGAAAACUGAGGACAAAUUUAAGGUAAAAGAGGAAAGUGAUGGAGAACUGGAUACGAAGUCAGAGGACAAUCCUGAAGGUCCACAUGUUAGCAAGGACUCAUUUUUUGAUCACAAGGACUACGUAAAACAGACAGAUGACAGCACAGAGGAGGAGAAGUCAGGCGUUGGCUCUAAGCCGAUGGUCUCCACAUUGGACGACCUCGAUGAGAUGAUGGACAUUGGUACCGUGGAUCAGAUGGAGCAGGAAGCCCAGAUGAAAGAAGAGGAGAAACAUAAUUCGGACACGGAGACCAACUGUUCGUCUGCAGACUCAAAUAGAGUGUCCAUGCCAGAGGAAAGCAACUCUGUUGAUGAGGAAGCUGAUGUGAAACCGACAGCAUCAGAUUUGAUGCAGUCCAGCUCGUCUCCAUCAUCUGAAGCUGCGGCGAGUACAGGAAGUAACAGCUCAUCACCAGCCAUGCUGAACGGGAUGAAACUGGUCAAGCUAUCGAUACCAAGAUUAGACGCUGAUAAACUUCGUGCUAUAACCCAACAAAUCAAGUCGUCUCCUUCACCACCUUUGGCCAAAGUGAAGGAUGAGCCGGUGGAUGAGGAGUACGAACAGGCGCUGCUAUCCUCCGCAUCUACAGCAAGCGUGAAAGACGAGCCUGUGAAGGACGACUUGAGGAUCGGAUCCGUCUUCUCUGUGACUCCAGGUGGAGAUGCGCCGGCGCAGCAAAGCUUCAACUCUCCUUCGCUGCAUAUGUCGUGCUCCCACUGCAGGAAGAACCUGCUGAAAGGCCAGACGGCGUUCCAGAGAAAAGGCUCGUCGGCACUCUUCUGCUCCACCGCCUGCCUCACUACGUCUCUUCCCACAGCCAAAGUAGGAACCAAGAUCUGCCACAACUGCCAGAAGGUGAUCUCUCGGCCUCAGGACAUCAUUCUGGCUCCGGAUGAUAAAGGAGUCAUGAAGGAGUUCUGCAGCCAGAACUGCCUGACCUCCUUCACCUACAAGAAAAACCCCUCCAGCUUGAAGAUGUCCAUCGUACCCAUGAAACCGCAGCCGCCGUCCAUCUGCAGCAUGUGCUCGAGAAGCAGCGUUAGCAAACACGAGGUGAUCCUGAACCGCUCCGUUCACAAGAUGUGCAGCGAUGCCUGCUUCAACCGUUUCCGCACCGUGAACAACCUGACGAUGGCCGGCUGUGCUAACUGCGGCGUCUUCUGCCACAACAAGCCGAUCAUGCUGAAGAUGGAAGACAGCAGCAAAACCUUGUGCAACAUGGAGUGUUUGGCUAAAUACAAAGAGAAAACUAAGAUAAGUCAGCCGUGCACGAUGUGUCGCACGUCUCGCCUGCUCGCGCAGACGGUCGACAACAAAAACAGCGACGACACGGUGAACCUUUUCUGUAGCAGCAGCUGCGUGAUGGCGUUCAAGGUCCAAACUGUCAGUUCCUCAGGUGCUCGCUUAAACUGUGACAGCUGUGGUAAAACCACGGUGCCGUCCUACCACCUGGCCAUGUCGGACACCUCCAUCAGGAACUUCUGUAGUCUGCCUUGUGUGAUGCAUUUUCAGGAAAAGUUUAAGAAGAGCCACACGUCUGUGAAUGUUUUCACCAAGCUGCCAGUAGGAUCGUCUCAAAUCCAGGCCACCACUCUUCCCCAGCUUCAACAAGAUGUCAAAGAACCGCCCAAACUAAACUGCUUCCAGUGCGCCCAGAACGUCGUUUCGAAGCCUGAGCUCAUCCAGAUCAAGGACAAGAUGGUUUUUCUGUGCAGCACCGACUGCUCAAAUGAGUAUAAAAAGGCCAACUCUGUGACGAGCCUGUGUGAGUACUGCAAGAUCGAAAAGAUCACCAGAGAAGCCAAGAGGAUCAACAAAAAAGACUGUUACUUCUGCAGCGACGGCUGCAAGCUCCUCUUCAGACAUGAAAUGAGUAAAAACUGGGGGAAACACUGUCAUUCCUGCGUUUACUGCCACUCUUCGUCGAGGAAGCUGGUGACUGCUCAGUACGGAGGCUCCAUAGAAGAGUUCUGCUCUGAGGAGUGCAGGUCCAAAUACACCAUGCUCUUCUGCCAUGUCGCAAAGUGUGACACCUGCGGACGUAAAGGGAAGCUGAAGCAGAGCCUGCCCAUGCUCGGAGAGGUCAAACACUUCUGUGGCCUCAGCUGUCUGCUGAAGUUCUGCAGCGACAAGGUGGCAACUCAGGGCGAAGUCUUUAAAGGUGGUUCAGGAGAGGCUACACCUGUUAUUGCCAACGUCAUGUCGCUUGCUGGUCAACCGGGUGGAAAACCCGCCACUGCUGACAGAUCCCAAAGCACAAAAAACACCGUAAAUGAGAGAGAAAAGAAAUCUGGGCAUAUCAGCACUCAGACAGAGACAACAAAGUCUCAUCCUCCUCUUCCUCCUCCAACGAGCCAAAAAAUCCUGAAGAACAAGGCUCUGCUUUGUCGGCCGCUGGUGCAGAACAAAGGGGUCUCCUGCAAAACACAGACGGCGGAUGUUGAGGCGCAGACGGAUGAUGUUUUUCCAAAAGUGAUUGUCCUGCCAGUUCCUGUUCCAGUUUACCUUCCUGUACCCAUGAACAUGUACAACCAGUAUACACCCAAACCUGUUGGUCUGCCAGUUCCUCUUCCUGUGCCGAUGUUUCUGCCCGUGACCAUGGACAGCGCCGAGCGCAUCGUGGAGACCAUCCAGGAGAUCAAGCAAAAGAUCCCGUCGGAUCCGUUCGAGGCGGAGCUCAUCCUCAUGGCUGAGAUGGUGGCAGAACAGGACGAGACGAACAACAAACAGGAGCCCCGCAAAGAGAAACCGCUGGACAAAGAGCCGGAGAGACAAGAGUUACCUGCAGCAGAUGACCACAUCAGUAACUACAGCGACGACUUGGACACAGACGACUUGGCCAGUUUCCUCAACAACUGGGAGGAUGCUUCCUCUGACGGAGGUCUGAAGUUGCCGAGUCGACCGUUUGCCUCUGAGAAGCUCAACCCCAUUCUAGACGCUCCUGUGAGCGUUUCCAGUCAACCUUUCUGUGAAGCCCCGCCUCCUUCCCCGCCUCCAGGGCCACGUCCCAUGGACGUUGAAGCUGACUUUACUGUUGAAGCUCUAGAGUCGAUGGCUCGGUUGAGAGAGCAGAGCCAAAAGCCUCCAAGUCCUCCUCCUGCUUCACGUCGACGCCAGGCUCACAGGAAAGCCAGAGAGAAGAGGGGUCGUAAGUCUGUACGGGUGUCAAAAGCUGCAGAAGCUGCUUCUCAAAAAGGCAAUUCCAAGAAGGCGGCGUCUGUAGAGACCCUGAAACUGAAGAGUCAAUAUGGAGUCGAUGCCUGGAAGCGAUGGAUCCAGUGGAGGCAAACUCAACCCAACCUGGAGCAGCCACGCUUCGGCUCGCGUCCUCUGGAGCUGAGGGAGGAUAUCCUUCGCUGCACCACCGCCGAGCUCAGCUACGGUCUAUGUUGCUUCAUCACGGAGGUGAAACGACCGAACGGAGAGCCAUACUCCCCCGACAGCCUUUUCUAUCUCUGCCUUGGCAUCCAACAGUAUCUGUUUGAGAACGGCCGUGUGGAGAACAUAUUCAUGGAUCGCUUCUACAGCAAGUUUUCCACGGAGUUCACCACCAUGCUGAGGGGUUUCCAGCCCACCGUCACAGCCAGCGGCUACAUCCAUUCUCGUGUUGAAGAGGAGUUUCUGUGGGACUGUAAACAGCUGGGGGCGUACUCCCCCAUCGUCCUCCUCAACACCCUCCUCUUCUUCUGCUGCAAGUUCUUUGGCUUCACCACGGUGGAGCAGCACCGCCAGCUGUCGUUUGCACACGUCAUGCGUUGCACCAAAACCAACGCCAACAACACCAAGGCCACCUUCCUGCGCUUCUACCCACCCAUAAGCAUUAACGAGAUGGAACUAGAUCCAGACACUGUUCCAGCGAAGAGGCGUAAAGAGGAGGAGGGUAAGGAAGACAUCCUGGAGAUGAUGGAGAACACAGAGAACCCUCUCCGCUGUCCAGUCAGGCUUUAUGAGUUUUACCUCUCCAAAUGUUCGGAGACGGUCAAGCAGCGGACCAACAUCUUUUACCUUCACCCGGAGCGCUGCUGCGUCCCCAACAGCCCGCUGUGGUUCUCCUCCACUCCUCUGGAUGACUCCACCAUGGAGGCCAUGCUCACACGCAUCCUCACCGUCAGAGAGCUGCACCUCAGGACCAAGAAAGACGAAGGGGUGGAUCAACGGGAAGGUCACGACCCAACUUUUAUACCUAACGAGGACGACGAAGAUUCAGAGUGAUGAAGGGCAAUGAGAACCGAAGUGACCUUUUUUUACUGGUGUUGGAACUUAUGAAACUGUUUGUAAAUAAACUUCAAAGUUCAAUAAAACAUGUCUUAGUAAACUGACACUAAACUGAGAAAACCCCACUUCUAAACUACGUGUUGAGGAGCCACGCAUCUUUAAACGCACAGUGUCGAUGUUGGUGAGGUGGCUCACUCGGCUCGGCUGCUCAGAUGGACACGGAUCUUUGUUUUGUAGUUCCUUCUUGUGGAAACUUGUCUCGUGUUAUCGUUCCUCCUCUUUCAGUAUGCAUUGGACUUCGGAUUUUGGUUCUGGUUAAAGCUAAAGGUUCAUUUUUCAAGUGCAGCAUGAGAGCUGCAAAACAUCUCUACUGUGGAUGUUGGUCAUAAACCUUCAUGAGUGGCACAGCUGCAGCCUGUUAAAAGAUAGUUUUGAACAGUUGUACUCAUUGGGAUUAUUCUCACAUUGAUCUUGUGGAUUUUGAGAAUCCCAAACUUGAUUAAAACAGCAGUAAUUUAAUUGAAAAUCUUUUGCAUCACACAGGUUUUAUCUUUUCAGUCAUUUUAAAUGCAGCUUUACAUUUGUAAUCUUUUAUCAGAUUUCUACCCCAAAAGUUACGUUUCCUUCCGCAUCAGACAUAAAUGGACAAAUAUCCGUCACCAGAGUCCAGCUGCUGGCAUUGAACAUGUGUCAGGAAGUUAUUAGAAUAAAUUUGAGAAGCAUAUGAAAAUGAAUGUAACUGAAACCACUUUGUAAGAAUUCUGAUGUCUUUUGUGAAACCUUGAGAAACCAAAAACUUUAUCAAUUUGAGUCUGAAUUUUUCAUUUUUGAGGAAUAUGUUUCAUCCAAAGCACCAGUUUGCCGAGACAUUCAGUUUCUGGGUAGGUGACCCCUGGUAUAAGAAUAAUUUACUGCUGUCCAAUGUAUGUGUGGGCUAUUUCAACCUGGUCCUCAUAUGGCUGCCAAGGCUGUUUUCUAUUGUAUGUUCUUUUUCAAUAAAAAAAGUAAAAC